UGUGUAGCUAGGAUAUUGUCUUUGUUGAUCCAGGAGAGGACAAUCGUAGGAUGACGCCCUGAAUAAAGACGUGAGAAGUGCCAAGUGACUAGAUGGGCGCCAAAGCGAAAAACUAGGAAAUGGGAGACAUACCCUGUGCCAUUAAGAAAACAGGCUAUUCACUUUGAGAGAAGACUAGUUUUUGGUGACUUGUUUCUUAAGGCUUUGUGUUUUUGCUGCUGAAAUCUGCAUUUUGUUUGGAUAAAGAAGCCACCUGAGUAGGAAUGCCUGCCCAAAUAUCAGGUUUGGAGAUCAUGGAUGAAGAUUGGUUAAUUGAAGAAGUCUUGGAUAAGUUUGUUAAUUGUCAUGAGCAAACAUAUGAAGAAUUUCUGAGCACUUUUACUUAUAUUUCAAAAGAUAAUGUGACCAGAAGAAGAACAUUUGAACCCGAUUCUUCAGAAAAUAUACUUACCUUGAUGAAAGUUCAUAAUAGAAGUGAACCAAAUGACUACCAUCUUGGAAAUAAAACCACCUUGCUUUGCACUUCGUCACAAUGUUCAGAAGAAGAACAGAUAGUGAUGGAUGAAGGCCAAAAAGUUGGCAGCUUCGUUCAAGGUGAUCUGAAUCGAGCAGGAAAAGUGAAGGUAGACAAUUUUCUCGAUUUAGAAGACUUGGACAUGGAUGAAGAGAUUAAGGCACACGUGGGCCAGGAUCUGCUGCUGCUUCCGGGAGAAGUGGAACAGGAUGUCAGCACCAGUGUUCCUUCCUACUUUCCUUCUGUGGACCGGCUUCUGGCCUGUGAAGGAAAGCCAAGGCCCACUGUAAAAGGAGCAAACAGACAAAUGGAAGAGAUGCUCAGAGAUGAAGUUCAGCCCUUCUCACUUGAUGAAGAAUUUGAUUAUGACAAUGUGAUGCUAACUCCCAAGUUCACUCCUGCAGAGAUGGACACUGUCAGAGAGCUAGCCAACACAGACUUCGAGGAACCUCAUGACUGAUUCUCUAAGGGGUUUUUGCAUUUAUUUUUGUUUUGUUCUUAUUCAGGCAGCAUUAGUAAGAAUAAAAAAGUAAACCUUCUAUAGUCCCUUUUGUGGAAAUUUAUAUGUGUGCAUUCAUUUUCAGAGUUAUUUGUCAGUAGGGAGCUGGUGCAAUUGAUAAGACUAACAAGUUCUCUACUCUUGCAGAGAUCUCUUCUGUCGAGUUGUUGCUGCACCCCAUGACUGGUUGGGGAGUGAUGAAGAUAGAAAGUGGGGAAAAUAGACCCUACUGAAGGGUCCAUUUUGAUAAAGAGUGUUGCACUAGGUGCUGUGGGGUAUUGUGAUGAAGAUUGGAGACGUGAUUCCACCUUUUAGAGUGCAGGACAAUUACACAUGCAAAAUACAUUGUAGCAAAAAAAAUAAAUAAAUACAUUGUAGCACAUAGAGGAGAAUUACUUACAUGGGUGGUAGGUCAUGAGCCACAGCUGUCCAGAGAAAGUGGUAUACGUGUGAGUGCCAAAAAUUGGGCUCUGGGGAUUGAUUGGAAAAGUCUUCACUGAAAAGAAGGCAUCUGGGAAUUGAGUAUAUGUCAUUUAUUAAAUUCUUGCACUUUGUUAUUAUUAUUAAGCCAAGUGGGAUGAUACAAAAUACAAAGAAUGAUCUCUAUCCCCAGAAGCUUCAAAUUAUAGUUUGAGAAGGGAAGACAUAGGUAGAGAAAACAGCUAGAGAAUAUAAAAGCAUAUUAUGAAGUGCUAAUUGGGUAGAAUAUCCAUAAAUGCGUGAAGUGAAGGAGAAAAGAAGGGUAUAGGCAGAGAAGAAGGGGGAAUAGUUUGUAGGAAGUCAUUUUUAUUACCGAGGGAAUUAGUAACAAAUCAAAUGUACUUAGGCUUAAUUGGUUUUCAUACAGGCCUGUGCUUGUGUAUGCACUUAUGCGUGUGUGAAUGUGUUUAUGUAUUCAUAAAAAUUGCUCUUUAUAUUACUUACAAUAUGAUACCCUUGAUUUCAUGUUGGAGUAGAGUCAAGUGAUUUCCACAUCUAUUUUUCUUUAUUCAUUCAACAAACUUUCAUAAAACACCAUUUAUGUGCCAAGCCUUAGGCUAGGCAGUAGGGGAGGAUACAGGUAUAUUAGACAAGGUCUAAUUUAGUAGGGAAGACAGCUGUAUGCACAAAUAAUUAAAGUAGAGAUGCACUGUCCAAUAUAAUAGCCCUUGACAUGUGGCUAGUUCAACUGAGGAACUGAUUUUUUUUAACAUUUAAUUUUAAUUUUAAAUUAAAAAUCUGAUAUUUGAUUCAGUUAUCGGAAAACUUUGGGAACAACUUGGAUAUGUUAAUCUACUUCUUCAUAAAUUUUAUGAAAUUAAAUCCCAAUCAGUUAUUUUUAUGCCAACUUAGUACCUGAAUUGAAAUUGCCAUAAUUGUAAAAUAUGCAUUGGAUUUUGAAGAAUUAAUAUGAAAAAAUUAUACAGUAUGUCAUAUUUUUUAUGUCUAUUACUUGUUGAAAUAAUAUGCUAUAUCAUUAAAUAAAGGGUUAAAUAAAA